AGGAUCGCCUGCAAUGGACAGGUUUAAUGAGGAACUUGUAAAAGUACCGUUCGGGACAAAGAGUCUGGACGCAUUCUUGUGUGUUCCAGCGUCACUGAAUGACGUUCAGACAGCCGUCAUACUAACGCACGGUGCGGGAGGAGACAUGAACUUCAAACAUUUAGUUUCUCUUGCGCACGCUCUGGCAUCAGACGGUUUUCUAUGCCUCCGUUUCACAUGCAAAGGCUUGAACUUGGCUUAUAGAGUUAAAGCUUAUAAUGCUGUCUGGGACCACUUGAAAACCUUGGAGAGGUUUACGUUGAAAAACAUAUUUUUUGGAGGCAGGUCAAUGGGAUGCCGUGCGGCUGCUGCUCUUGCUAGGCAGCUGAGCGAAGAGUUUGAGGACGCGGUGCAGGGUGUCAUCUGCCUCUCUUUCCCCCUACACCCACCAGAAAAGACGUACACCCGUCAUCAGCGGAGUGAAGAUUUAAAAAUGUUGCCUGGGGGUGUUUGUGUUCUGUUUGUGUCUGGCACGGAGGACACAAUGUGCAACCAGGACCUUUUUAAUGAGCUACUAAAAGACAUGAAAGCUGAGGCUGAAGUUUUUUGGCUACAAGGAGGCAGCCACGGUCUCACUGUGAAAGGAAGGUCUGAGGAUUCUGUAAUGGAUGAAGUGAACUUAAAAGUCCUCCUGUGGAUUAAGGACAAAACAACAUUGAGGAAUUAACAUUUGGUGUUUGUUUCACUGUGCUGUUAAAUAAGAGAUAUAACAGUGUAAUUGCAUGAAUGACUUGAUACUGCUUGCUGUGUUAUGUAAUCAUGAAUUAAGAUAUAUUUCUUUUUCAGUGUAGUUUUCAAAGCAGACAUUUUUUCUCUGAUAUUGUAAUAAUAAAUAGUGCAUGAGGAGAAGAAAAUACAUUUUAAUGUAAGAUAUAUAAGAACUUAAAGUUCUCAACUGUACAAAGUUGCAUAAUGGAAAAAUACCAACAAAAGACAAAUAUAUUAUUGUAGCUAAUUACUAAAAUUAUUG